AUGCCAGUGUACAUCAGAAAAGGGCCUGCUGAUAUCCCCGAGCCCUCCGACAGCAGCCAGGGUGAUGAUGAGGAAGAGUUGUUUUUGAGGGACCCGGAUCAACUCCAGGACCAGCUCCCCCAGCCGUUCAGAAUGAUAGACAAGGUCCUAGACAGACUGGUAGACAGGGCAUGGGACUUCAUCUCACAGAGAGAAACGGUCAGGAUCGCAGAGCAAGCUAAGAAAACUAUACCCAUUAUGGAGGUCUCAGGGGACGUAAAGGUACAUCUUCCUGGGUCACCCCACGGCCUGUCUGUUAUGGCUCAGCCCCAGCCCCAGGAUACCACCACCUCCUCCUCUUCCUCUCCCUACUGUGUGCCAGUAUGGCAGGAGGAUCGGGUAGAGAUCACCUCUCUUCACAUCACCUGUCUGGGGGAGAUGGUCUACCUGCUGGCAUCCCUGGAUGAUAUGGGUGUUGCCAGACUCUUUGCUUAUUACUCAGAAACCCUCCAUCUGAUAAAAGUCAUGAAUGAAACAGAUGACCUCAACCAGAGAAGUGUCUGUGUGAAGUUUGAACUGUCCAGAGGAGGAGACUAUGGAGCUGCUACCAUCAGCUGUCAUGGUUGUCAGUGUUUAGAGGUGUACAGCUUCCCUAAAGACUCCUGGCUGAAAGAGCUGUCCCAGCAUGCACCUGGAGUAGGAGAUACAGGGAAACUGUCUCCUGUCGCCAUGCUGAUGAAGAUCAAACCACCUAAACCUCUCACAGGAUCUACCAUGAAGAGUCCAUUUGAGGUGUUGCAGAAGACCGAGGACGGCAAUGUGAUUGGCUCAGGACAGAACCACCUGAUCAGCAGUCGCCAAUGGGAGGACCAGGACGCUGUGUUUAAGUCUGUAUACAGGAAGUACAUGGUUACUAACCCCAGCAACACUACAUACCCAGAAGACAGACCCAGCUGUGUGACCAGUCAUUUCCUGUUUCCUGGAGGUGUGUUUCCUGUCCUGGAAGGAGUUAAGCCUCAGACAGGAGGAGUGUCUGUAGCUGUGUGUCUGUGGUGGAGUGGCAGCCACAAUCUGCUGCAGUACUUACUGUGGAAAGCUCCCAGAGACAAACCAGACCCGGAGCCUGAUGCCUUGUGGCCCAACGCCCAGGAGAUCCUGUGUUCUGCUGUUAGCAGCUGUACUAGACACAUAACUCUGGGCCUGGUUACUGAACUGGUCACUGUCUGGGACAGACACUUAGGUCAGUUCACUGUCCACACUGGUUCUGGGGCCUCAAUGUUACACUAAAUAUCGCACGCACAAUAAUAUUGAGAUUGAUAAAGUUUCCAGUUAUAAAUCAGACGUGUCGUAAAACUGUGCACGUGAACGAGCAUUAUAACUCCGCCUGGAAAACGCCUCCAUUCACCUUUUAUAGUGACAAUAACACUCUAAUUUGCUGUAUACUUUGGAAGUAUUGGAAUUAGGCCAAGACAGUUUCUAAGGAAAUAUCAAUGCAGAUGUCUUUGGAGGGGUUGGCAGAAUGUUUUCUUUUGCUGUGACAUUUGCUGUAGAUUAUCUGUCCGUUUCUGAAAGACAAAAAUAAUUGCACAUUGUUGUGGACCUGUAAACAGACCGUUUGAAUUCAAGAAUGUUUUGUAUUUACUUUUUCCCAAACCUAAAUAGGCUAUGCUGUACUGCCCGCAAAUUCUGAAACAUUGAAAAAAAUGAAAAACUACAGUACAGCGCUAGCCUACCUGUUCAACUGUUAAAUUCUACUGUAUGUUAUAAACCGCGCUCCCUUUCGGAUGCAAAAACAUUUAGUUAUAAUAUCUAAUAGGCCCAAGGAGAGAU